AUGCCGUCACCGGCCGCUCCAGUAGAUUUUUCCAAUCUGCUGAAUCCCCAGAACAACGCAACCAGUUCCACACCACCUACACCGGUGGACAGUUCCAAAUCUCCUUCCACUCCGUCGAGUACUAAAUCUAAUUCAAAUAUGGCGUCGUCUGUGAGCCUACUGCCUCCGCUGAUGAAGGGUGCUCGUCCCGCGACAGAAGAAGUACGCCAGGAUCUUCCCCGGCCAUACAAAUGCCCUCUUUGCGAUCGUGCUUUCCAUCGCUUGGAGCAUCAGACCAGACAUAUCCGUACUCAUACAGGCGAGAAACCGCACGCUUGUCAAUUCCCUGGCUGCACCAAGCGCUUCAGUCGAUCCGAUGAGCUCACGCGCCAUUCGAGAAUCCACAACAAUCCAAACUCCCGGAGGAGUAAUAAGGCACAACACCUAGCUGCUGCUGCUGCCGCUGCUGCCGGGCAAGAUAAUUCCAUGACUAACAAUUCGGGAUCAAUGAUGCCUCCUCCGAGCAAACCUAUCACUCGGUCCGCCCCUGUUUCGCAAGUCGGCUCUCCCGACGUAUCCCCACCUCAUUCGUUCUCAAACUAUGCUGCUCAUAUGCGCUCGAAUCUGGGACCUUAUGCUCGCAAUAGUGAACGGGCAUCGUCUGGAAUGGAUAUCAACUUACUUGCCACGGCCGCGUCUCAGGUUGAGCGCGAUGAGAAUUUCGGCUUCCACACCGGCUCGCGAAACCAUAUGUUCGGUUCACGUCACCAUACCAAUGGACGCCUGCCUUCGCUGUCUGCAUAUGCACUUUCCCAUAGCAUGAGCCGCUCGCAUUCGCACGAAGAAGAUGAUACUUACUCUCAUCGUGUCAAACGCUCGAGACCUAACUCCCCCAACUCAACUGCACCAUCUUCGCCCACUUUCUCUCAUGAUUCCCUCUCUCCUACCCCGGACCAUACGCCUCUGGCUACUCCCGCUCACUCCCCGCGGUUGAGACCCCUAGGCUCCAGCGAACUGCAUUUGCCAUCGAUCCGUCAUCUGUCGCUUCACCACACACCUGCUUUGGCCCCAAUGGAGCCACAGCCGGAGGGACCUAACUAUUACAGCCCUAGCCAGGCUCAUGUUGGUCCCAGUAUCAGCGAUAUCAUGUCCAAACCUGAUGGAACGCAGCGCAAACUUCCUGUACCCCAAGUUCCUAAAGUGGCUGUACAGGACAUGUUGAAUUCUUCCACUGGAUUCUCUUCGGUUUCCUCAUCCACCGCCAAUUCUGUUGCAGGUGGAGAUCUGGCAGAUCGUUACUAG